AUGACGACGAGAGCGUCUCCCAGUAGAACCGGCACCAGCGGUGGAGCCGCACAGGAGAUGGUGGACACUGCUGCCAUUGCUUGGACGGAACCGACGAAUCCCCGAGCCCAAAAAGCGCGCCGUGUCAAGGUUUGGUUGAAGCACUCCAUCCAUAGCUUGGCGUCUCCCUCAGCGGUGGAUUUUCAGGACCAUGAAGAUGGCAAUACUUCCAGAUCUGGAUUUCGAGAUCCUGCGAGACGGCCACUGGAUCGUCGCCGAUCUUCCUCUUCCAACGCUUCUGUGAUUUCUACCACGACAAACCAAAAGACCACUGCCACUAUUGAUCAAGCCAUGUUUUCUCUCUACUCUUAUGUGGGCCCCAAAAAGACAAACUCCUCGGCUAUAGUGGUGCCUCCUGAAGCUCCCUCUAGCUAUGUGCCCGGUCGUGACUAUGAUUGGCUAUUAGAUGGUAUAGAAGAGUGGGAAACAGACGAGAAAACCAGUCAGGAAUAUCUUGAGUACUUGAAUCAACCAUGGGAUAUGGAAGGCUACCUAGGCAAUUACCUGAGUGAAAGGGAAGAAACACACCAACAACAAAUGCAGGAGGAAGAAAAAUCAUUUCAGUUUGAAGCCAACUUUGACAUGAAUGAAGAUGCUUUUGCUACUCCAACCAUCAAGAAUGGAAAUCAUCAGGAGGAUGCUGCUGAUGAUGAUGCUGCUGCUCCUUCUGCUGCUGAACAGCUUAAUUCACCAGAUUCAGACGACUUUGGAGAUUUCCAACAAGCCAUUGUGGCUACUCCAUCCUUCAACGAUGAAAAAUCCAACAACAUCUUCGCCACGCCACACCCUGGGGGAGGUCUGUCCGAGGCUACAGAAAGCAAAGUAGACGGCAAUGUGGAAGAUGAAGGUGGGCCACAACAGAUCGUCCAAGAAGAAUCUAUCCAGCCCAAAGAGGAAGGCGAUGAUCAGGAAAGAGCCAAAGAAGUUCAAAAAAUAGAGUCCGAGGAGGAAGAGAAGAGCCAAGAAGAAUUCAUGGUGGAAGAAGCAGUGCAAAUAUUGAAAUCUUUGCCGACAGACGAGUUCAACAGAACCUUCGACACGGCAAAUGGCGCAAAGGAGAGAAACCAAGUGCUAUUGGAAACAUGCAACCUGGCAACAAAGCUGGAACAGGAAGUUACUGAAAAGGAGCUUGCCCAGACUGCGCAAGAGCCCACAAACACUGACGCAGAAGCUGCUGAAUUGACUCAGGUUGACAAAACAGUACAAGUUGGCAAUGUGGAUGAGGAGGCUAUGGCGCCAACCAAUGUAGAACCUCAAGCUGACGGAGAAGACGCCGUCCUUGGCUCCUGUAUUCAAUCUGUGGCAGACUCGUCACUAUCGUCUGACACGGAAAACAACAGCAAAACUCUGGAACGGAUAGAAGUGUUACCAGAAGAGGAACGCAACCAGCACAAAACCUCUGCAAGGUAUAUUGAUUUGGCACGUGGAGAGGAUAGCCAGAAAGAUGUGACCAGUCUCGAAGAAUCAAGUGUCUGCGAUGAUUUUGUGGAUACGGACAGACUCGACGAGCCUCCUGAGAUCACACAGGACACGCCUGUACAACCAAACAACGAAUCGGUCGCCCAAAUGGAUGUCCCAUCUGCAGUAUGCAUGUCAGAGCGAGACGAAGAUGAAGAAUCUUUCGGAGACUUUUGCGCUGCUGGAGAAACAGGAGAUCAACAUGCUCCUGUGUCCACUGGUGCAUGCCAUGUAUUGCCAAACAGAGGUGAACGCGAAGGCUUUGCAGAGUCUCCAGUCAAUGUUGCCGUAGCACAAGACGAACAAGAAGAACCUGCAACAAUCCGCAACGAAUGCAGUAGAGGGGCGCGCCCUCGGUUAACCGCGGCAGCAUCCUCACCUUCAAAGCCAACACAGAGUGCAUCGGGAGACUCCUCAGGGCCAAAACUUGCUCCCUUGGCUUCCCUCCAAGUAGAUUGCGCCGUCCAGGAGCAGCACGAAACUGCGAGAGCUUUAACCGAGACCCAGCAAAAUCAACCACCGAAACAAGUUGUAUUGACACACCCCGUUCUGGAAAGCUCUUUUUUCAGUGAAGACGACAGUGAGCAUGUCGAAGACGACGAAAGAGCAAGCUUGGAUCUGGAAUGGGCAGAGUCCGCUGCGCAACAGGACCUCCGCAUCUCUCUGCGACUUCCGAUAUCUGACUUAUCAACGCCAGUGGCACGAUUUGCCAGAAGACAAAGACAAAAUUAUAAGCAGGCGUUACGGAACCGGAAUCCCCCCCUUUCAACCUCGUCUCUGUUUUCUGUCCUCGAGAAGGUGGACAUCGACGAUGACGACGACGUUGAACCUCAGGUGUCACUCGCAGAUCUCGACUUGCCUCACUACUACUUUACAGCAGAAUUUGAUGACACAACUCGUGUUAUUCAGAGCGCCCCCUGGCAUCACAUCAAACAUAUUUGGGAUCACCAGCGCGCCGAAAACGCUCUGCAGGUCUCAUCUGCGUACUCCUUCGAAGAUCAGCAAGAUCGACAAGCUCUUUGGGAAGGGUACAUAACGCAGGAGCUGUGUCAUCUUGACGCGGCCCAAAAUGAAGUUGCCAAGCUUUUAUUGAGACACAUUCAACCUCACGAGUCGUCUCUUCAGCGAGCAAACCACUCUAUCCACCAGUUUUCGUCCAACUUGCAUAUUGCACAAAUGUACCUGACGAGAAGCCAGGCAUAUGUGAGACAAGCAGCUCGUGGUAGUUACGACCACGAAGUGGAACACUUUGUCGAAGGAAGUGGUUGGUUCGGAGCACAGAAUUUGCUGGAAGCGUGGGCAGAACGAGACCUGUAUACUGCUCUGGACACCACACUGGCAACCAUCCAAGACACCUUGAAAAUCGAAAAAGGAUUGGUCGAAAAAAUUUCGACCUUCACCUUUAAGACUGAACGACCUCACGAGUACGCUUCAAUCAUUCGUCAAGUGUUGCAGCUGCAGAAGGACGUAUUGAGCAACGAAGCCAUAUCAAAGAUUUUGGCCCUUAACGACUUGCGUUGCCGCCUUGCCGACAACGAGUUACUCCAAUCAUUUCGCAACAGGCUGCACGCACUGGCGGACUCAGUUGCAGUACGAGCCUGCAGGAGAAGAACAUUUGGUCUUUCGACAGAGUACAAGAACCUUCUGUCAGCAGCCCUUGACGUGCAUUUAUUGCUUGGGGAAGAGGACGGGAAAGAUAAUCGAGACCGGGCAGACGAAGAACACAAAAGCAACACACCGGCCUCGCUGGCUCCGGCCAAGUCAUGGCCACAAACAAUGUUGGAAGCUCUGUGCUAUGAAGCGGAUCGCGUUUUUGCUGCGGCAUUGCUGGAUCCCCUAACCUCCGCCGACGAGCCAGACGGCUCCUCAAGUACAGAUUCCGAAUUCGAACGUGAGUUGACCCAGCUGGCCUAUGAGAUCCAACAGGACUGGGGAGAUGCCGCAAAGCUACGUACCAUCACGCACAAUUUGGUCAUCAUUCGGUUUGAUUGGGAGAAAACCAGUGCCUAUCUGCUGCCUGUGUAUCACCGAGUGUGCCACAACCUUGCCGACGUCCUGUAUGCCCACCACAUGAUCGGCCAAUGGCACGAACGUCUUAUAAAGAAACUCGACGUCUCUACCGUUUCAUCAUCAAGAGAUGAAGGAAAGGAAGAAAAAAACGAUACUGCACAGCAUGACAACCCGCAAGACCAGAAGAUAUGCGACUUAGGUGCUGACGAAAUCGACAACACUUGCGACCAAAAAGAACGCUCCGUGGAUUCUAUUCGGCUCGCAUGGAUGCAGACACGUGAAACUCUUUGGAAGCGCUGCGAAGGCGUGUUGAUCCAGUGCUUAGAGGAAUACUUGCAAUUUGCCUCGCACGAGAGCUUCUUCAAAGAUCCGACCUCGGGAGAACUCAAAUGGCGGCUCCACCUUGAAGAAAUGCACAACCUGUUGAAGCUAACAGAACAGUUCUCGUCGCUCAGGUCUCGAUUCCAUACUGACUCCCAUGCGAUGAGCAGCCCAUGCGACAUCGACGGAGACCUAAAAGAGAAACUCUGUGACGUCUUUCGAAAACAUCUGCGGUUCGUUCAUGUCGAAGCCAUGAACGCGUUAGGAUCUAGUCUGAGCCAAGAAAACUGGGAAAUGGUUGCAUUGAAACAACUUUCUGAAUUCGAAAAAUCAUCCAAAUUGGCUCAGUCGGAAGCGCGACCAGUACUUCCAACGUUGCUUAUCGGAGCCAUCUUGGACUCAUCCCGCGAAAUCAAUGAGUCGAUCACUCCUACUCGAUGUGCCAAGACGUGUCGAAGAUCCCUCUUCGCUGGUGAUCAGCAGAAAAGUGCUGCUGCCAAUCCUUUUCUCGUUGUUGGGGACAAGGAACCCCCCUUGUCUGAACCUGCGCGCCAAGAUGAAAGCGAGCCAAGCACAAGAAUACCUCAUGGUGACACUGAAGUCUACAAAAUGAUAAAUGAGUUCCUAUCAUCUGGAGGGGAGGAAGCUUCAUCGUUCACAAGACUGGCAUCCAAGAGUUUGGCGAAAGUUUUCUUCACGCGGAUUGCUCGUCUUCUGGUGAUCAUGGGAAAGCUUCCGCUUGUUACUGAAGACGUCAGCGUUGUUUUUGCCAACCUGUGCGAUCUCUACUUCACAACAGUUUUUCGCAUCUGUGUCGGCAGUGCAAGCACUGAACGAAUCAUCUUGGGACUAGAUCGUCCUUCUCUGAUCGAAUUGAAUCAACAGCCGCAUCUUCCAAUGUCCUCACCAGGCAAAUCCGACAAACCGCCGUCAUCACCUCCGUUGUUCGGCUUUAGAAGGCGAUCCAGCAGCUCAUCUCUCAGUGGAAGGCGACGGAAUUCAAUGCAAUCCAUAGAGUUGCCUGCAACCUUGGAAGCAGACUUGUGUGCACCGCUGUUUUGCGAUUCUUCCAGUUUGACAUCCACUCGCGCGUUUAUCGAGAGAGCCCAGCUCACCCUCAGAGACAUUGUACUCUUGGACAAGGUUGACCAAUGGAUUACGGACCCUGUCACUGUGACACCAUCUUCUAACAACAACGGCAGCAGUUCUGAGGAAGAGGAUGACAGAUUUGUCGUCAAAGCCAUUAGCAACUUGGAGAAACGAAUGGGAGCAGCGUGGAGCUGUUUGGGAAUUGCAGCAUUGCUCGAUGCGACUUGUGUGGUGGCAAGGAAGAAACUUUGCGAGUCACGAAGUGGUAGAGCACAUUGUAGUGAUCUCUCCACUCUCGAACACUACAAAGAGGCGGCAUUAAAGACGGUUUCAAAACUGAUCCAGCUUGCCUCUAAGGUCUCCACAAUGCGGGCCAUUAUGGCACGGCGUGUGGUCUCUGAGGUGAUACAGGUUGGUCCGGGCUGGGAAGAGUGCAAGUUGAAUGAACACCCGAAUGAAUACAUCGAAUCACUCGCCAGCAGAUGUGCUUGUAUUUGGGCGGCGCUGAGCAUCUCGCCAAACAAGCUCCCUGAUGGCGUUCGGAAAUCGAUCUGGGAACACAUGAUUGAAGGGGGGUACGUAUGCUUGCUAGAUGGCUUUGCACGGAUUCCAUAUUGUUCGACGGAAGGUAGAGCCCAAAUGAACAUGGACUUGGCAUCCUUUUCAGCUGGGAUCCAACCCUCGGCUGUAAUGGAGCGACUCGAAUACCAAGUGGAGUACCCCGCCCCUCCAAAGCCAAACUUGACGAGCCGAAACCGUGUAGAUACGUUCAUCAAGGUUUUUUACUAUCCCAAGAAGGACGUCAUGGCCUGGAUCAUUGAAAACCACGAACACUACUCACUGAACCAUUGUCUUAGUUUGGUUACGAAUGCCUAUCGGGGGAGUGAGAAUGGUGGUAAGGAUGGCGCAUCUAUGGAAGAGGCGGUUGAGCUGGUCAAGAAGAUGUUUGAAGAUGAACCCCGGGACAAAACGGACGAAGAUCUUUACUAG